UUCUUCAACAGAAUGCCACAAGGAACAUGUUUCUUAGUAUUUCUAAGUAUGGGUUUUAAUAACGCCGCCAGGAAACUUGUGCUCUAUUGGAAGCGAACCGAUCAUCAGAUGAAGUUGUUCCUUGUCAUCAUGCUCCUGCUUUCUCCUAUCGUUAUUACGAUUGGUGCUACUAGAAAGAAGCAUAAACCAAGAGUUGUAAUUAGCCUCAAAAUACCGACUCGUUUACCCAACAGAAGAGGAGGAUCUACGGGAGGAUUUGGAGGAGGUGGUGGAGGAAGCUGGUGA